AAAGAGUCCAAUGACAGAAAAGACAUAACCACUCUUCGUCAUUCUCAUCGUGGCUUUUCUCCUUCUUUCUCCUCUCUUCUCCGGACAGUCAGAAGCAAUAUCGACCGAGAAAACAAAACAUCGGAAGCUCGUAUACAAAAACAAGGAAACAGAAGGAAUGUAAUUGUUGUCCAAAUAAAAACGAAUGUUAAGAGAAGCUACUCAAAAAGGGGACCCCAAGCGAAACCAGAUCCUCGUAAGAAGCCACGCAAGCCUCCAAUACAAGCACCUUGCAUGUCCCCAAUUUAUCCAUCC